AUGGCAGGAAUGCAGCAUCCUGGCGCUGCCCAUAUGGGUGGUCAACCCCAGCAUGCUAUGAUGCAAGCCAUGCAUCCUGGCGUCUCUGGUCCUCAAGUUACUCAAGGUCCCAUGGUCAGCGGUAUGCCCCCCGGUGCAGGAACUCCCGCUCCAGGGCCCAUGCACUCCGGAGGAAUGGCUAUGGCUCAUCUCGGUCCACAACAAGCCAUGUUCCAGCAACAGAAUCCCCAGAUGAACUUUGGUCAGAUGCAAAUGACCCCUCAACAGCAGCAAAUGAUGGCUCAGAGAAGAAUGCUGCAGAUGCAGCAACAAAAUCAACAGCAGGGUAUGCAUAUGAUGCCCAAUGGUCAGCCUGGAUUUAAUCCCGCCCAGUUGAACGCACAGAUGAAAAUGAAUAUGAUGGCACCACAAAUGCAGAUGCAGAUGCAAGCCGGAAAUCCUUCCAUGCAAAAUUUCCAACAUGCACAGCAACAGCGUAUGAUGCAGGCUCAGCAACAACAAGCGCAAGUUCAUGCUGCUCAGCUAGCUGCCAACCGCGCUGCUCAAGCCCAACAGAUGCAGAUGAGCAGAUCGCAAGAACAGACUUCUCAACCUCCCCAACAGGUUCCAACACCCGCGCCACAACCUCCUCCCCAGGCGCAACCACAACCACAACCCACUCCUCAACAGCAACCACAACCAAAGCCCACUCCGCAACAGCAACAAGCCCAGCCUGUGAACAACCAACCACAGCAAGCCCAACAACAACACGCGCAACAACAGCAACAGCAAGCUCAACAACAAGCCCAGCAGCAGCAACAGCAGCAGCAAGCCCAACAGCAAGCUCAACAACAGCAGCAACAAAACCAGGCCGCUGCCAACGCUAUGAAGACCAGUGAAGCAGAGGAGGAAAGUUCCAUCAAACAACAACAAGAUCUGACCAGUUCCAUGAUGAUGCAAGACAUCUCCAAAACAGAUGUUCUUGCCGGUCAAUGCAUCCUGCGUUUGAUCUCGUAUCAGAACAAUUUGGCUAAUCCUGAACGGCCUAAUGAUAUUGAUUACUGGGAAGAUACCAUGACAAGAUAUUUCUCUCCGAUCGGCUCAUUACGACAACAGUUGUACAGCACCAAAAAUGGCGGCGACAAAUCCUUCCAAUUACAAUUUCCGUCCUUGGCCAGAUACUUUUAUGCGCAUUUUGCCUGUGGGGUAAAGCAAAUGUUCCUGCAAUCUUACGAUCACAAUGAGAACAAACUGCCAAAUGGUGGUGUCCUUAUCGUGAGCAGUACAGCUAGUUUGACUUAUGUCUUUCAAAAUGACAUUCGAGUCACUACUACUGGACAACUUCGUGUCACCUUUGAUGAGAUGCAGAGGAUCGAUCACAUGAAUAUAAGUACGACCGGAUGGCAGGAAUAUAUCCCUCGAAAUGCCCUAAUACAGCCUCAAUCCCCCGAAGUCAAACAAAGUCCCAAGAUCACCAACAAGAAUGUCAAGCGUGCUCAAGGCAAGGCAACAGAAACCAAUACCCGUCUAGUCAUUCCCCAGUCAGGUGUGGGUGAAUUCGGUGUACCAAACCACAUUUUCCAAUUUCUCGAGGUUGCUGAAGUCAUGACCGCUAUGGGACCAAUCAUGGAAUAUUUCCAUAACCAUCCAGGAGUUAGUCCAAAAGAUGCUCUCUAUGGAGUGACUGCAGAGAACAACCAGAAUAUGGCCAAUGCCACUAAUGCUGCUCGGUUGCAAAAUCAAAUGGCCGCUCGGGCCAAUGGGCAAGUAGCAUUUCCCAAUCAAAUGAACCCAGGAAUGAACGGACCUGUUCCCAAUCAAUUCAACUCUCCUGCCAUGGGACAUUUGGGAAUUCCACAAGCCCAAGGGUCUCCUCUAAUGGGAGGCGCUAAUCAUACUCCGAGUCCUGCGCAAAAUCCCGCUGCUGGUGGAGUUGCCAUGAUCCAUCAAAUGAGUGCUCAAGGCUCGAAUUUGAGUGGAAGUCAAGGUCCAAGUACAAAUACAAGUCCCAACGUCUCCAACAAGAGACGACGAGCCAGUGCCGUCAAACUUGAAGAAGAAGGCGCCGGCGAGUCGAAUGGUGCAAAACAGGUCAAACCUAGUCCUAAGAUAGGAGGCAAACGGCAAAAGGGCUCAUAG